AUGGCGCCUGUAAGAUCAACCAGGGAGAGUGGGCUUGCUGCAUUGGCCUGUACCGAGUGCAGAAAGCAGCAUCUGAAAUGCGACGCUAGUAAACCAACAUGUUCGCGCUGUUUGCAGGGGGGCUUCCUCUGCCACUACUUGCCUUCUCGACGUGGUGGCCGAAGGAAACCACGUCAUGACUCGGUCACUUCCCAGUAUCGAGCAACAGACCAUACAAAUGAGCUCAAUUCUCCAGCUUCAAGUUUGCAACUGAAUGUCCCUGCCUCGACUAAUGCGCCCGACAUCCCCUCAUCGCAGAGAAAUUCGCAUCCGGAUUUCGCCAACCUCACAUGGCCUACGCCUACCUCGCUGCCACAGGACCAUGCUAGUCGAAUCCGUCUAGAUCAAGGAGGUAGGUCCUGGGAUUGCGAUGAUCGUUUCCCGCGACUGUUCUACGAGCAUUUCCAUGUGGCGCACCCCAUUCUGGUGCCCUACUGUUCGUAUAAGGACCGGAACUAUCCCCAGUUUCUGCAGCUGGUGGUGAGCUUCGUCGGUUCCCACUAUGCGCCAUCGAGCUUCAGCCAGCAGCUAAGAGACAAGGUCGAUGCUGAACUGGCGUCAAAUCCUGACCGAUCGCCGUGCAUGGUACAGGCGUGGCUGAUCUACUCCAUCGCUCUGUAUGCACGGGGCGAGCAGGAAAAAGCCCAAGAUGCGCUGUCGCAUAGCACUGAGAUUGCUUUUGAACUGGGUAUGAAUCGCUGGGACUUUGCAUCGGCUUCGCAGCCUGAAAGAUCCAUCGAGGCCGAGAGCAUGAGACGAACGUGGUGGGAGUUGUACGUUACGGAUAUUUUCAUGGCAGUUCAGCUCAAAACAAUCACUUUCCGAUGUAGUACGGUGGCGCCUGACGUGGGCCUUCCUUGCGAGGAUUCAGUCUUUGCCGGUGGUUGUGAUGUUCCCGAGCCACGCAAGAUGCUUGAUUUCAAACGGAGGGUAUUCGCUCCUGAUGAGACGGUUUUCUCAUCAUUCAGUUAUCGCAUCGAGGCUGCGACAAUACUGUGCAGGGUCUUGGUGCUGAAUCGAUUACGGGACUAUCAUCGCGAUCAUCUCCAGGCUAUCGAAAACGCGCUCGUGAGCUGGGUCAAUCACCUGCCCCCUAGAAAACUAGACAUAGUGGAUUCGUAUGGAAACGUCGACGAGAUGAUGUUCCAGGCUCAUCUGACCAUCGCCUACGCGGCGAUGCUGCUACAUCUUCCCCGAAGCGAUCUGCAGCCUCUCCUGUCGCAGCCCGACGAUAGAUUCUGGCCUUCUGCGACAUGUCAUCUCUCGUCGACGUUCACACGUCUGGUCCACAGCAUCAAGGCCACCGAGGCCUCGAGACGAAUCUCGGAUAUGAUCUCAGUCUGUCCCAACAUUCAAAAACACACGCCAUUUAUCGUUCCCGCGCUGGCGCUUUGCGGAAUGAUCCAGCUCGCCACGUCUAUCAGCCACUCGGAAGAGUGCUUCGACCACCACUGCAAUCGCGUCACACUAAUUCUCGGAUGCUUGAAAAGCACCAAACGAACCUGGAACUCGGCGGAAGCAGCGUACCACGGUCUCCGGUCCUCUGCAUCAGACAUCUUAUCGGACUCCAUCGAACGGUGGAAUGAAGGACCACUGGAGAAGUCUAUUCCUUCGCAGUCAACAUCGAAUGAUAUAGAUCGGCCAACCCAAGGCGCACCAGCUGUUACAACAAUUGCGGAGGGGCAAAGCCUUCUGGUGCCUGAGUUGGUACCGGCGUUUAUCGAUCCAACAUGCUAUAAUGCCUCAUAUUUUAACUGUCUUGCCGAAUUUGAUAUUAACUAG